AUGGCCCGAAAUAAACCCCGUCUGUAUGUGGCAUUGUAUGCCAGAGGAGGUGCUGCCAGGAUGCCAGGAGGCGAGGACAGAUAUCACUGGGCCCUGAUCACCGGCCCCAAGCGAGAAGCCGAUGCUUCUCGCGGGAAACGAUACCAUGCCAAAGAGCCACGACCAGGAGUGUGGGAGUACAGCGAACAAAACACUGGCACCGCAUCCACCCUCAUGAUCCUGGUCCGUAUCCGUACCGCCAAAGGCAAGAACAUGGUCCGGCUCGAACAAGUACUGCGGAGUGUACCCAUUAGGGUUGGGCAGCCGGGUUGGAACUGCGUGGAGUGGGUCAGAGAGGCGUUGUCGGCCCGGGCCGGAGACGGGAAGGCCCUCGGGACUUCCAGGAUUGACUGGCAGACUGUGAGGGUCACGGCGAUGCGGUAUUUGCGGCAAAAGGCAGCUGAGCACCGGUUUGAUGGCAGAACCAGGCCGGGCCAGAUCAAACUUUUACAUGUUUUCGCCUGCUCGCUACGCCACCAUUAUUCUAUCCCGAGCUCAUAUUUCCACGCACUUAUAUUCCUCUCUCGCAGAGCCCAUAUUGAGUUCUCAAGCUCCUUUUGUCUCUCCUCAAUCCCCUUGGCAAGAUGA